UUCCGAUGCGAAAGCGGGGCGCGUUUUUUCGACCCUGAAGGGGUUAAGAGGCCAUGCCCCCGCGGCGCCCAGGUGGGAAGUACAAGGGCCUGGUCACCCGCACUAAGAGCGAUGCCGUGCUGGCAGCGGAAGCGAAUGCCAGGGCCAAGAAGCGCCAAGAGGACGUCAUUAAGAGGGCUGCGAUGAGAAAACAGAAACAGCUCAUGGACCGCGAGGGCGUUGGACAUGAAGUCGCUGAUCCUGAAGAGGAGAAGCGGCAAAGAAUUCUGAACCUCUUGAUGGGAGGUCGUAGGGGCGAUGCGCUGAAGUUCUUCCAAGCCUGGAGGAAAGGAGCCGCGCAGCAACGCAAGGAAAUGAAAAUCCACGAGCGUGAAAUUGGCUGGCGCAGGAACUGUAAUGGAAUGGAUCCGGAGUUCCCCAAGAACUGCAACGGCAUGAAGCAGCUCCUGCCUAGCAGCCUGACGCUUCCUCUGAACAACUUCCUAGAGUUGGACACGGGCGAUGUUGACAAUUUCCGCGCAUCCAGAGGGCGCGACUACCGUAUGGGACUCUCCGGAAUGUCGGACAAGCUGAAGCAGGAAACCAUCACGCGUGCCAUUGGCUUUUUGCCUGCGAUCAAGGACCGACUUCGACCGGGAGCUCCAGGACGGAGGUCCGGAGCCGGAGAUGCAACGCAGAGUCCACAGGAGGAUCGGUGGUUUGGACCUUCUGCGGAGAUUAUGACUGUCGCACGCAGCAAGACGGGGGAACUUUAUUAUCUGGACAGCAUGACGAUGCGCAUCCGAGCCUGUCCAGUGGAGAGGCAGUUCCAGAAUUUUAGGCGAAGAUCUUCGGUGCUCCAUUUGCAAGAAGAAGGUUGACGAGCUGAUGACUUUGAGUGAAUCCCACCCGAAUUCGAUCAUUUUAGAGUGGUAUCCGCACGUUUUGCCCAAAGGCAUGUGCGACUCCACAGUGAGCAAUUGACUUAUAUAGAUCAAGCCAACUAACUUGACAUUCCCGU